AUGGAAUCUUCCUAUCCAAUUUCUAGGUGUCGCAGAAGAUCCAGGCCAGAUUUCAUAGAUAAAGAUAACCCGCGACGAGAGAACUAUACCAUCAAGGACUCGGCAGUCAAUCCAAAGGGCUGGUGCCACCCUGUUUCAAGAAUUUCAAUACCACCAACACGAAGCGAGACUAGUACAUCUUAUCACAAGAAGCAAGACUCUAGGAUGGUAAAGCACAAUAAUCAACGAAAGAAGUCAACGGUUGCUGUCCGCGCUUCCCCUUUAGAACGCCCCCCAACAGAACUGCUAUCCCAGAUUGUUACCAUAUACCUUUCGCAGACCAAUUCCAUUACAACUAUAAUGCAAAUCUGCUGUCGUAUCCGCCAGGUUAUUGCUGGUAUGGCUUCAAUUUGGAGGUGGAUCAUGUUGCUUGGGGCUGACGGCGAGAGUGGUUUCGGUGCAAGACAAAGGACCAACUCGCUUUCAUACUUGAACACGCGCAAGGUGGUCCACUCCAUCUUUGCGUGCAAUGGCCUGCCGACGAGG